CAUUCUACAAAAGAUCCAGUUAGUUUCGCAAUCAAUAAUAUUCAAGAAAGUGAAUUACAAAACAAUUAUUCAAACUUAGCCAAAAUUACCUUACCGAUAUCUUUAAAUUAUAAUUCUAGACCAGGACAUAUAGGAUUAUUGGACAUACCAUUUUUUGGCAAUUUAAUUUUCAACAAUGAAUCAUUAAAUCUUGACUAG